CCCAAACGUUCUCGUCGUCUCCGUCGUGCGUCUCCCCGUUAUUUAUUUUUUUCCCACUUCACCCAAAGGGGGAAAAAACAAUCCACCAAUACUUUCGAUUUAAACAAAAAACAAAAAUUGAAAUCCAGUGACUACCAGUUAAGCUGUGACACUCGGGUUAACUCGAUUAUUGCUGUUGCGAAUUCAUUUAAUUUUCGCAUUCGUGAAUUUGUUGUGGAUUUGAUAGUGAGAUGAUUUCAAAAGUGUAAUGGCGGGAAUGUGUGGAGGGAUUAAUCGUCGUUUUGUCAUUUGUGUGCAGAGGAAUACUUUGAAACGUCGUCGGACCCGAUUUCGCAUUUAAUUUUUCUCCCCUCUCCUUUUUAAUAAUUUUUAUUGUCUAUUCGCGUAAUUAAUCACUCCGGGGCGUUUUCGAGCUCUGAUACUAGACUGCUGUGGUUUCAGUGAUUUUACUGUGGGACAAACGCCAUUUUUUUUUUAUCGAUUUGCGGUGAUCUGUGCAUUUUGUGGACUAUUUAUUGUUUAUUGGCUGAUUGGGUGUGUGGGCUGAGGGUUUAAUGGCACCUGAUUUUGACAAGAAGAGAGAGGCAAGGAGGCUUGGACACUUGGGACACAUCGGUGCCGAUGUCGACAAGGGGAUGCUCUUGAUGAGAUGCCCCAUUAAUCCAUUGACGGAUUACUAUCGUCAUGGUAAUACAGGUGGUGGUAGUGCAGCAAAUUCAGCUCAAAGAGCGUCUUUAGCAGCGAAUACACGUCAAACAACGCCAAGAAGAUUUACCCAGGCAAGAUCGAGCCAACAAUCCCAACAAUCGGUGAUACAACAGCAGUCGAGUAUAUCACAAACGAGUCAACGACAGCACACAUCACCAGCUCGUAUACCACUGGCAUCAAUAGCUGGUGUUACGGUUAGAAACACUGACGAACACGGACCAAAUUCAACUCAGGAAGUUUGCGACAAUUCUAAUGACUCUGGUCUCGGAUUCGAGGAUAGGCAGCAGCACAUCACAAAUCCCUCGGCUUGGAACAACGGUACGGCUGGUGAGGAGGACACAAAGAGACGUAAAAUGGAUAUUAAACUCGAGUCUGAGGACGCCAAUUUUGCAUUUCCCGAGAGAACAGGUGAAAAUCAUGGAAAAAUCACAAGAAACAACAAUACCAAUGGCAUUGUUGCACCUGUAAGCGCUACAAGAACGAGUAAUGGUAUUGGACGUGUUGGAGGUGUCAUGAGGGCACGUUCAACAAUUGGAUCCUACGGGAAGCGGCCACCACCGGCCCAUCAAGGUCCCGUCACCCUUAACUCUCAACUCUGUAGUGUAUCGAGAGAUGGAAAGGUACAGCUGCAGAUAAUCUGCCAGCCUGAGCAGCAGCACAGAGCGCGUUACCAAACGGAGGGUUCACGGGGUGCUGUAAAAGAUAGAACGGGUAAUGGUUUUCCAAUAGUUCGUCUAGUUGGUUACGACAAACCAGCCACCCUCCAGGUAUUCAUUGGCACAGAUCUGGGACGUGUUGCACCCCACAUGUUCUAUCAAGCCUGUCGAGUCAGUGGAAAAAACUCCACCCCCUGUGUUGAACGUAAAAUCGAUGGAACAAUUGUUAUCGAAGUGGAUAUGGAUCCUGCCAAGGACAUGCUAGUGACUUGCGAUUGCGUGGGAAUAUUGAAGGAGCGAAAUGUCGAUGUGGAGCACAGAUUUCCCCAGGAGGCGGGUAUGCUUCAGGGUAGAAGUAAAAAAAAAUCGACAAAAUGUCGAAUGGUAUUUCGUACAACGAUAACCCACACCGAUGGAACUACCGAGACACUUCAAGUAUGUUCACAGCCAAUUGUUUGCACUCAACCCCCUGGUAUUCCCGAGAUAUCGAAAAAAUCCCUGACUGCCUGCCCGUGUACAGGAGGCCUCGAGCUCUUUAUCCUGGGAAAGAACUUCCUGAAAGACACUCGAAUGGUCUUCCAGCUGGAUAACGAGGAUAUCACGUCCUCCCUGGAGCCUCACUGGGAAUGCUCAGUCACACCAGACAAGGAAUUCCUCCAGCAAACUCAUUUGAUCUGCGUGGUACCCCCAUACAGACGACAAGAUCUCAACCCAUCCGAAAGAGUAUGCGUCAAAUUGUACGCAGUCUCUUCAGGAAAGACCAGCGAGCCCCACACCUUCUUCUACACCUCAAUCACCUCACCCCCCGAGCCGACGAUCGGUAAGAUCGAGGCAUCCUCAACGAGCCUGGUCACCUCCCCUGAUUCAACAUCUCCGUCAGUGCCAAUAUCCCCGAUAGCCCCCAGCACAGCAAUAUCACCAGUCGCUGGAAUUCCCACGACUUUUCUCUCACCACAGAUAAAUAAUCAACAGCAGUCGCCCCUUCAGCAGUCCCAGGACGUCCUCAAGAAUGAUCCCAGCCCCCCGCGUUCGUCAACACCAGUCACUCCCAUCAUGAUGUGGGCAGCCCAAGCCAACAACUCCAACGAUGUGAUGAUGCCUCCUCCCAAUCUCGUAUCCAAUCCUCUCCUAUCUAGAAGAUCCUCCUCAAACCACCAGCUAAUCCUUCCCGACAAUUUGAAAUCAGAAAUUCUGGACGAUACAUCGGAGAGCAGUAUGCUAUCUGAUAACAGUCUCCAGGGAAACAAUACACCACCUUCAAAUGGCACCAGCACGAGUCCCCUCCACGCCCUAGUCUCAGAGAAUUCGAGAGAAGCUUCCCAACCUGGUCUGAUGCACUCAGCCCAAGAGGUGGGUCUCCUGGGUGUUGACCUGAUUCAUCAUCAGCAUCCACUGGCCCUAGCUGGACAAUCCUUCCCGAUCCACGAGGCAACCCAGGUGAAGGUCCUCAGUCCUCACCACAUAAACAAAGAGGCAUCACCCAUUCACCCCCAGGAGACGACCGCCCAAGGGACAAGCGUCGUUGACCUCAGAAUGAAGCAACACGAGUACGACACCUUGAAUACAUUCACAUCAACACCAGCUGACCAGGCCCUGCCCAAUCAAUCCAGCCAAUCAAUCGCUAAGUAUCUGAAUCAAAUCGAGAUAUCAGUGCCACAGAGCAAAGAGCCCGAGGCAACUGAGCAAGAGCUGGGAACAAUGACUCAACUGUGCACCGAGCCAACAUUCGAGACGAUGCAGCAACGUGCAACAAUAAUAGCCAACGCACGACAGCAAUCAGAAGCUGCAACAAUUUUAGCUAAUCAAACGGCAAAGCUGGAUGAACUUGUCAACUCUGUUGUGGAUUCACAUCAAACACCAAUGCAAACAACUCCAAGUCCUCCAACGAGUUUAAUACCAGAGGUCGAUACCACACGAACAAGUCCACCAAUUCCUGUGAAGACUAUGUUGCUUGGUGCACUGAUGCCAACACCAAUGGUGACCUCGUCAGUUGCACCAGUGACACCUACCCCUGAGCCCAGCCCCGAAGAGACACUUCUCACCACGAUAAACGCCCUUCAUCCAGCAAUGGAGACACCAAUCGUGACAGCAGCUGGAAUAUCAAAUGCCACCGUAUCGAUAGCCUCUCACAAUCCCCUCCAGGUGACCAGUGAGCCUCUCCCUCAGAUUCAAACCCUGACACCUCAAGAAGUUGUCGUUCAACAGCAAGUGGAGCAGGUGUUUGCCGAGGCGCAGAAACAGGUCGAGGAAGUUGUCGCUCAGGUGCAACAGCAAGCAGCGAAUACAGUACACGAGGCGCAGAAUCAGGUGGUAAGACAAGUGGUGGAGUGCACACAAGUUGUGAGAGAAGCAAUGAAGCAGGUGCACGCUGCUAGACACGUACAGGCUGUUCCUCAUGUUGAGGAGGUUGUGAAACAGGCGACAGCAUCAGUGGUCAAGAGAGCGGUUAAGGAGACAACUGAGGGGGUCGUUAAACAGGUGCAGGUCGUUCAGAAGGCGAUUGGACAUGCACAGGCUGCUCAGGUGAUGAAACAGGCUGUGCAGAAUGAUAUUGGCUCCAUGCUGAAUCAACCAGCUGGAUUUGUUGCUGAGGCUAGCUCUGCGUUGGCCAGUGGAGCUGCCCAGGAGCCCAAUCAACAGAGACUGACUAAUGCUGCUGAGCAGGCGAUCAGUAAUGUCAUUACUAACGCCACACAGGAUAUCAUGAAUAAUCGACCAAUAACAACGACAACUGCCCACGCUAUUAUUGCCACCAAGAAUAUCAUGAACUCUGUUGCAACCCAGAGUGCACAGCUGAUGAACAGCGCAAUGGAGGGCAUUCUACCUCAGUCACCCUCAAAUGCAACUGGAGGAAUUGUGGAGCAAGUCGCAAGAAAAUCACCCGAGGCCAUACCAGUACCUCCAACAAUGCAAAAUGGCGAGACCCCGAUGCAGGUCCAGGUGACAACCACCAAUGGACAAGUACCUGGAGUCGUUAAAAAACCUGAGGACGCUGGGGGAAUGCUCCCCCAGGAACUCACGUCAAUGUCUGAGCAUGAUCUCCUCAGCUACAUUAAUCCCAGUUGCUUCGAUCAGGGAACAUUUCUCAUGUAGAUAAAGUGUAAUUAUAAUUUUUUGAAUGAAACUCGAUGUGUGUUUUGGAUAUCUACGGGGAAAUCAACUACGAGCUCGAGUUAAUCUCCUUCAAUUGAAUCGAAAUUUAUUUGAUUACUGAUUGUAUUAAUUCUACGGUGACGAGGGAAAAUCGAAAAUUUUUAUUGGGAGGGAUUAUUCGUUAAUGUCGCCCGCUUCGUAAUUUAAAAUCAUGGAUAUAUUCUACUGUUAAGUCAAGACGGGCGCGAGUUACUGAAAAUAGCGCGACAAAUUCUUAUCAUCAUUUUUUUUUAUUAAGUGAGCUAUGAUAAUUUAGUGGUUGAUCGGAUUUAAUCGACUUGUCAGGUGCCUUUGGUGGAUAAAUGUUCCUCACAACUGAUUUAUCAGGAUUUGAGUCAAUUUUAGUUCAGAGCGGAUGCGAAAUUUUAGUGAGAAUAUUUUCUGGGGAGAAUUCACAACUGGAGUACAAUCUUCUGAUUGAUGUUGAGUUUUAAAUGAAGUGUUAAAUUUUUGUUGAUAAAUUCUAGAGGAACAGGCAGUUACUGUGUCAUAACGACGAGAAAUAAUAAUUGUGAGUGGUUAAUUAUAACGCUAACAAGUACCUUAAGAUUGUAUGAAUUAUUGGUAUAAUUAUUGACUUGAUUUCAUUACUAAAAUAUUGAAUGAAUCAUUAUUACGUGUUUGACAUUGUUUUUACGAUGAAUUUUGUGAUUGAGUGGAAUAGGAAGAUGAGAUAACUGAAUAUCAUCAAGAAUAAUUCUCUCCCGUCAUUUCGAAUUAAUCAAUACCUCCGGAAUUAAACAAUUAUCGCGAUAAUAUCCAUUAAUUUUCACUCGUAAUCCCUCUUCUCUGAACUACCCAGUCAUCUUGUUAUUCUACUUAACUCCUGAAUUAUGUUUUUUUUUCUUAUUUGUUUAUUAUUAUUUUUAAUUUGUUGUUGAAUAAUACUGAUUAUAAAGAAAUAUCAUUGUGAUUUUAUGUUGAUGUUUUUUCAACGCCUAGUAAUGAUGAAGUGAAAAACGAUAAGUGCAACACAGAGAUUAUAUUAUAUGUCGAUACGAGUUGAGUGAUACGAAUCCAUUGGAAUAUCCGCGUAUAUAUUUUUUUUACGUUUUACCCAAAGAGAGGAGUGAAAUUCUUACAUUGAUGUAAUGAAAUUGAUCGGUUAGAAAUUUUCCGGAUUGCACUCGUGAGAAAAAUUAUCCAGAAAUUAAUUUUUCAUUGAAAAUUUUCUGCACGAGUGCUGCUCGAGUGCAGGUGCACCCGAUGAAUUCAGAAUUAAAUGCUAUAUUUCUAGAACUAUUUUUUGUAUCUGUUAUGAACGUCUAAUAAUCUUUGUACGCAGUAUAAGAAAAUGAUGAGUCAAAGUUGAAGAGCAUAAUCAAAUUUUCAUUGUAUACCGUUAAGUAAAUCGUCGUCGAGUGGAAUGAGGAGGUGAUAUAAAAGUCCUGACAAUUUUAUAUUUCUAAUUAUAAAUAAUUAUAAAAAAAUGACCGAAAGUGGAGCUUCCAUUCAUUUUUUUCUUAUCAACUGACGGAGAUAUUUAUUGAAUAAUCACCUCAUUCCACUGGACGAUGGUGAUAAUUUUGUGUAUAGAUAUCCGUGCCUGCAAAAUUUAUUAAAAAAACCGCCUAAAGUUAUCGUUCGUAAAUAUCCAAGAUGGUUUACAACGUUAUUGAAAAUUGAUGUUUGUGUAGCACUCGGUGCACAUCAUUGGGUAACUCGGAAAUUAAAGAAUACCAUUGUUUUUUCGUUAUUAUCGAGCAGUUGGAGUAAAUGAAGAGCAUGUAUCACGAAUUUAUUCGUAAUUACUUGAAUAAAUGUUUCACAGCAAAAGA